AUGGAGGAAAAGGUACUUGAUAGUUCUCUUAUCAAGGAUCUCUCUAAUCAUAUUUAUGAAAAACGUAAAGCUACAGCCUUUCAAAUUGAGAGUUUCACCAAGUCGGCGUUAGCCAAAAAUGAUAGUCAGACCAUUUACAAGAUCAUCAAUGAAUUGACUGAAUUGACCAAUAAUGGGACAAAUUCCGCCAAGAUGGGGGCUAUAACCGCACUUGGUAGUGUUUCCGUGGCCUUGGGAUCAUUUGCGAUUGCAUAUUUCUUGGAGGAGAUUAUCAAGCCGAUCAUUGCAACGUUUAGAGAUACAGAUGCUCGAGUUCGAUACUAUGCAUGUGAAUCACUUUAUAACAUUGCCAAAAUUGCUCGAGGUGAGAUCCUUCUCUAUUUCAAUGAAGUCUUUGACAUUUUGUGUAUUUUAGUGACCGAUUCUGAAUCAUCAGUGAAGAAUGCCGCUGAUAUUUUAGAUCGAUUAAUCAAAGAUAUCGUUAGUGCCAAGUCCACAAGUUAUGUUUCCAUAUUACAUCAAAAGGAUGAACAAUCCCAACUUCAAUCUGGUGUACAAGGUAGUAAUCACGAUGACACCAACAACGGGAUUCCUUCACAUGUGAUUGACCCAACUACAGGAGUGGCCAUUCAAGUCAAUAAUGUUCAAGACGUUCAAAAGGCAUUUUCUUUGCCUAAAUUCAUCCCAACAUUGCUUGAAAGAAUGUAUACAAUUGAUCCAUUUGCCAAAAAGUUCUUGAUUAGUUGGUUGGAAUUAUUUGAUGAUAUCCCAGCCCUUGAAUUAAUUACAUUUAUUCCAAAUUUCUUAGAACCAUUGAUUAAGUUUUUAACAAAUAACUCCCCUUCCGAUGUUCGAAUUGAGACCCAGAAUUUAUUGAAUAUCUUUUUAAAAGAAAUCAAGGGAAUUCAUAAAGUAAAAUUGCAAGUUAAGAGACAACAGCUUUUACAUGAAGAAGAAUUGAAAAAGGAGAUGGCAGUUUUGGAUAUUGACGAAGUUCUAGAUGAUGAGAAGGGAAAACUUGGUAGUGGUGAUGGAACUACCGGUACUAGUGCUGGUAUUAGUACUGGUACUAAUACAGGUGAAGUCUCUGGUGUCAGUGAAGGUACUGGUAGUGGGGGUAAUCCAAGCGAGAGUAUUGCCAAUUCUGGUGCUAGUAAAAGUAAUAUUGAAGGAAAUGAAACUAAAAAUCUUAAAUCUGAUGUUGAUCAAUUCAAUUUAGAUGAGGAUCAAGAAUCUAUCAAAUCUGAAAGUACAACUAUCAUGAGAAAAUCGGAUGAUGCACUCGAAACCACAAUUUCACCAGAAGAUUUCCCAUUGAAUGGGGAUGAUGGUGAACUAUUUUUGAAUGGUCAAGAUAUUUUCAUUGAUUAUCCUAAAAUUAUUGACAUCUUACUUUCAUUUUUAAGAUCUCCUGAUGAAGCUGGGAAGAAAUAUAAUGAUACGAAAAAUGAAACUCAUGAAGUUUAUUUGGAAAUCCAAUUUACCAUUUUAAAAUGGCUUCAAGAAAUCUUAAUAAUUAGCCCCACAAGUUUUAUUAAAUGUUUCCCAGAUUGUGUAUCUAUAACUUUAAAAAAUAUUGAAGCAACCGAUGGGAAAUUUUAUGAAUUGAGAAACCAGUUUCUGAAAUUUAAUUUAUCCUUACAAGGACUUCUUAUUGACUUGAAUGAAAGUGGGUCGGUAGAUGAUAAGGAUCAUAUCAAGGAAAAUGGAUCUGAAGAAAUUUCUGAAGAGCCACCUAGAAUUCCAGAAAGAUCAGUGGAGCAGGUGAGUGAAAAUCUUCUUCGUGGGAUCAAUCGUGAAGUAUAUGACGAAUUUACCGAAUUUCAAUUGAAUAAAACUUUGCAAGCCAUUUUAACUGAAUGUUUCACAUCAGUGAAUGAGCUUUCUAGAAUUACAGGGUUGGAUUGGUUAAUCUUUUUAUAUUCUACCAAUCCUACUAGUUUUUUUGAUGAAAUCGAGGGAAAAAACAAUGGUGGUGUGAAAAUUGAUUUAACAGCAUUGCUUAGAUCGUCUACAGAUUCAAGUAAUAAUGUCAUCCUGAAAGUUUUGCAAUUAUUAUCGAAGAUUUCAGAAACAAAUCAACCAUUCUUCAAAGGGUUUAUGAUUGAAUUGAUUACCUUCUUUGAAAAAGAAAUGCCAGAUAAUUCUGAAGAUGGCGUAUCUCUCUCUAGACAACACAAUGGGGCAUUGACCAGACAUAAGAUUGAAUUUAUUAUCAGAAAGCUCUGUGUCACUCUAAAUUCAGAAAAGAUUUUUAAAACUUUAUCAGAAGUUCUCGUUACACUUGAGAAUUUGAAUUUAGAUUUUAUGGAUUUAAUGACAGUCACUUUAAAUAAUAUUUUACUUACCACUCAAGAACUUUCCAGUUUUAGAAAGAAAUUGAAGAACUUGGAUAUCUAUAAACUUGAAGAUUGGUCAUUAUUUGCGACAUUAUUUCAAAGUUGGUGCCAUAACGCUCCCAGUGCUCUUUCGUUGUGUCUUUUGACUUCAAAUUAUGAAUUGGCAUUUUUAAUCAUCAAGAAUUUGUGUGAACAAGAAAUAAGUUUUCAAUUAUUAACACAAUUGGAUAUUUUAGUUCAAUUAUUGGAAUCUCCUAUAUUUGUUAAACUUCGGUUGCAAUUGUUGGAGCCAGAGAAAAAUCCAUAUUUAUACAAGACUCUUUAUGGUCUUCUUAUGAUUUUACCUCAAUCUUCAACGUUCACAUCUUUGAAAAAUAGAUUAUCGUCAGUAUCACAUGUUACUGGCUUAAGUGCACCAACUGCUGCAACCAUAUCUGUUUCUGGUCCGGGAACUCCUACUUCAGGUGCAACUCCCGCGGGAACUAAUAGUCAACUUUCCAUCAAGCGGAAACGAGUACUUGAUAUGCUUGAAAAGUUCACAAAAGUUCAAGAAAAACAUGAGAUUCAUCAAAAAAUUCCCAGACAUACUUCACAUAAUGUUAGUACUUCUGCAUCAGUUUCUGAACCAGGUCUAGAUGAUGAAGCUUCACGUGGAUAUCGCGAAACUAAAAAGGAACGUCUCUUACCAUAUCAAUCAGUGGAGACGAAAAAGGAAUAUUUGGGGGAUUCCAAACCUUCAGAUACGACAAGACGUAAGACCAGUGGAAGGUUUGGGUUGACAAGAUUUAAUGGUUAG